AGCCACGCCUAUCAUUAUAGGGCUUUAGCGUCCCCAACAGGUGGAUGACGUCAGCGGUAGACUGGGCUCAUCGGUUUUACUAUUCAGCCCAUUGAGGGGGAAUUAUUCAGAACGAGGAAAACGCGACGAAGAAAGCCGCCAAAUGUCAUUGUUUCAGUCUCUCUACUCCAAUAUUUUUACAGGAUAUUCUUUUUAUCCAAGUAUUUUUCCCCAAUAGCAAUAUAAAUGGCUUGAGAAGGACCAGUCAGCCUGUCGAGGGGGAGCUAUUCACAAUGAGGAAAACGCGACGAAGAGAGCGGCAAAAUGUCAUUGUUUCUGUCUCUUCAAUAUUUUUACAGGAUAUUCUUUUUAUCAAAGUAUUUUCCCCAAUUGCUAAAUAAAUGGCAUGGUCAUGACAAAUAACAGUCUUGUGCUGAAUGGAAUAUGAAAUAAUAAAAAUGCAUUUAUUCAGGACGACAUGGCAAAAUUACUCCAUAAUGGUCAAAACUGUCGACUUCACCUUUACUGUCGCACCUCCCGAACUAUAUUUUAUGACACCUAAAUCGGACAUAUGUCAUUUCCCUUCCCCGGCUUCAGAGAAUGUAAACAAACCAGAAGGCGUGACAGCUAGCCGACAUGCUAACCCGAACCGAGUGAUGUUUCAAAGUCUUCAAAGCGGAAAAUCACACAUAACUAUCCUGGAUUAUUUGACAUGACGACCCGGUUGUCUAUUGUCGUCGCGGAUCGGCAAACCGCCCGGCGGAGAGCAAUUUACAGUUCGUUCCCCGGAGGAGGGUGGCUGGAGUUGUUGUGCAGCUAACGGGCUGCUAAUGACCAUUAGGACAGCUUUUUACAUGCCUAUCAAUGAUCAAACAACAACCGCAGCUCGACAUUCUGAACUUGUGCGCCGAGCCAAUCGCCGUCUUCUCUAAAACAAUGGCUGGACAUCUGGAGGACCAUCUUCAAUGUCCCACCUGUCUGCAAAUCUUCAACGAUCCUGUCAUGCUGCCGUGCAGUCACAACUUCUGCCGUGCGUGUCUGCAGCAGUGGAAGGACAAAGGAGAACGAUCGUGUCCAAUCUGUCGGACAGAGUUUAGUUCGAUGGAUCCGCCUCCGAACUUGGCACUGAGGAAUAUGUGUGAGAACCUUUCAUGUGCCUCGCUCAAAUCCGAAGACAUCUGCAGCUUGCAUGAGGAGAAACUUCAACUCUUCUGUUUGGACCACCAGGAGCUUGUGUGCCAUAUCUGCAGAGACGCAGAAAUCCACGUUGGUCACAAGUUCCGGCCCCUUGAAGAAGUUGUGAAAGGUCAUUAUGAGGAACUCCAGAAAGGCCUGCAGAAGGCCAAGGAAAGACUCAAAGAUUACAACGACUGUCGAGAAAACUGCAAUGAACAAGCAGAGCACAUCAAAGUCCAGAGGGAGAAUGUCGAACGCAAGAUUAAGAAGGAUUUUGAGGAGCUCCGUCACUUCCUCGACGUCGAGGAGGAGGCCAGGUUGGCUGCGGUCAGGGAGGAAGAGAAGAUGAAGAGUCACACGACUACGGAGAAGAUUGCGGCUCUCGACAGACAAAUGGCCGCUCUCUCGAAUCUCAUCAGAAGCACUGAGGAGCAGCUGGCGUCUGGCAAUGUUUCUUUCAUGAAGAAGUUCAAGACUGCGAUGAGCAGAAUCCAGGAGCUGCCUGAAAAGCCGCAGUUGCUGCCAGGAGGUCUGCUGGACGAAGCCAAACACGUGGGCAACCUCAAAUUUAAGGUGUGGGAGCGGAUGAAGGAGACACUCGCCUACAGUCCCGUCAUUCUGGACCCCAACACGGCCAAUCCAAGGAUCAGUCUGUCUGAAGAUCUGAACAGUCUGAGUUGGGAAGACGUAGAGCAGGAGCGUCCAAAGAAUCCAGAGAGGCCCCAGACGUGGCGGUGUGUGCUGGGUGGUGCUUUGGACUCGGGAAGACACGUGUGGGAUGUGGAGGUGGUAGACAACAUUGAAUGGCAAGUGGGGAUUAUUUGGGGGGACCCAUGUUUGCCAGAUGAAAUGAUUGGUUGGUUCAUUUGGUUUCGUGAUGGGGUAUACAAAAAGCCCUAUUGCGAUGAUGGAGAAUGGAAUCCGCCUGUCAAAGUGCAGAGGAUCAGAGUUGAAGUGGACAUAAAUGAAAGGGUGGUGUCCUUCUCUGAACCUCUUACAAACACCGAAUUGUGGAACACUAAGAAGCCUUCCAAUUGGCCAGACUUGUCCGGUAACAACAAAAUGUAUCCUUACUUUCAGACAGCACAUAAGAGUCCUCUAAAAUUAAUCCCCUUUCCACCUUGUGUUACGACAGCUAUAGUUAGCGAUCGUGUUGACACGGCUUGAUUUUUUUGCUCUUCAAUGUCAUCUAAAUCAUUCCUUUUCUUUUAUCAAAUGAUUUGACUCUCAUUUAUUGUCCAGGUCAUGUCAUAAGACUUUACUGGAGUCAAAAUGAUGAAGCAGUUACUCAGCAUUUGAGUAUUCUUUUCUUCCAAUACUUGUGUGAAUUCAACUUUUAGUUUAAUGUGAGUAAUAUUUGGAAGUACAGUAAUGCUACUCUUACUUUUUGCUACUCUCGUUAACAUUGAUGUACUUGUACUACUUUAAUACUUGUACUACAAUCAUUUUUUGAUUUUAUAAGUACUUUGAUUUCAUUUGAAAGUAAUGCUACUCUUACUCGAGUAAAAUAUUUGGCUUCUCGUUACAGCUCGAAAAAUAUAUCAGACACAAAUAACGAGAGUAUUCUUUUUUCACAAAUAAUUUGGAUUGAUGACUUUGACUUGUACUUGAGUAAUCUUAUUUAAUCAUGCUGCUACUCAUACUCGAGUACCAUUUUGGGCUACUCUACUGAUGAUAUUGUUUUCAAAAUAAAUGAUUAUCAACACUUGCUUGGUAAUUGCGUAUUUUUUUCACCCAAUACUUUUUGACUAGUACUUGUGUGCGCACUACUUUUACAUUGAUGUGAGUAAUACUUGAAAGUAACACUACUCUUACUUGAGUACAUCUUAUGGCUUCUCUCUUGAUAAUAUUGAUUUAGAGUACUUGUACUUGUACUACUAUUUGUGGAUGGAUAAGUAUUUUUACUUGAGUGAUUAUAUUUGGAUGUAACGCUGCUAUUACUCGAGUACAAUGUUUGGCUUUUCAUUUCAGUUUUAAAAAUAAACGCAGGUGACCGAGUA